UGUACAAUUUAUAUAACCAUGCCAAAUAUCAGGAAGUAUAUUUUGUAUGUUUAAAAAUGGCUACGCACUCUACUUCGUAGAAGUAUAUCCGGAUAUACAUAUGCGAUAUGUAUGGUGUAUUUCUUCAUUGAAAACAUCAAAUGUAGUUUAUAAGCCUACAUGACCUUGUUUUAAACAAGGUCAUACUGGUUCUACGAUAAGGAAAUUUCUGACACGAGUGAAAGAACAUGGAGAUUUUAAAACACCAAACAAAUCAAGUGUAAUGGAGUACGUCCUCGGUGAGUGUGACGUAGCCCGCUAUUCAAAGUAUUUUUAGAUCUCAGCGAGGGCCAGUGAUAAACACAGCCUCAGCAUAUGUGAGGCCUUACCCGUUCACAAUUUGAGGCCACAACUUAAUCAGCAACCUGUAAAACAAUGGACUAUGUAAAACUUGCAGACCUACCAAGUUUUGGCCAUAUUGAACGAGGCUUACAACGUUGGUGCAUGGAAAUAUCAAUGUCUAUCAUCACAAAAAAUAUUACUUUUCUGUCUUGUCUAAUAAUACUGUCAGGACUAUGUGGAAUAGAAACUCAAUUCGGAGAAUGGGCAGUAGUCAGCGAUCAAGUUGGAAGUAUGUACUAUCAAGUUAUUGGAAAGAAAGCAAAGUUUCAAGAUGCAUCCAACUAUUGUGAAUCAAAUGGUUUCAAACUGGUCACGUUAACAGACCUUGAAGUCCACAAGGCCUUGAAAACACUACUUUCCAGCUCUAGCGUUGAAUUUGGAGGAUUAUGGGUAGGAUUACAUGACCAACAGAAAGAAAGAGAUUUUAAGUUCACGGAUGGGAAACCGGCCCCAUAUCUAUCGGAAAUCUGGCUAGAUGGGCAACCAGAUAAUGGAGGACGGCAUACAGAUAAUUGUGCUCGUAUUCAGCAUGAUUAUAAUUUACUAGCCGAUAUGGACUGUAAUAAUAACUAUUUUGGAAUAUGUGAAGCUCCACAAAUUGAGAUACCAGAAUGUCCCUCAGGUUACGAACUGUUUAAUUCUAUGUGCUACAAAAUCCACGACUCUCCAAAACAAACCUUUAAUGAUAGUCAACUAUACUGUAAGAAUGCAAAAGGGAUGUUGGCUAGGAUUCCAGAUAAUCAAGUCUGGCAGUAUCUUUACAAUGAGUUACCCAAGAAAGACAUCUCCUAUUGGAUUGGCAUGACGGACGAGGCUGAAGAAGGUGUAUGGCGUUAUGUUGAUGGUAACAAAGUUCCACAGUCUUUCUUCGAAGCGGAUCUGUGGGGACCUGGACAACCUGAUAAUUAUGAUAACAGUCAACAUUGUUGUGAUAUGGACGUGAAUGUUCAACACAAAAUCAAAGACGUCCGGUGCUCAGAAACCAAAGGUUUUAUCUGUGAAAUUAUACCUAAUGUAAUAAAAGGCUGCCAGUCGGGAGGAAAAGCGCACAAUGGAGUAUGUUAUUAUGUGACGAAUUAUAAAAAGCCUUUUCUGAGUAGCGAGCAGCUUUGUCAAACUGACUACAGUGGAAGCCUAGUUCCACUUGUGGAUACCGAAACUAUGCAAAUAAUCAUAAACUUCGCUGACAUAAAUGGAAAGAGUUCUGAAGAUUUAUGGGUAGGCCUGACGGAUGAAGAAACAGAAGGAGAAUGGAAGUUUGUGAACGGGUCAGAAACUAAAUUUAAUCCAGAACUGUGGAUGGAUAUUGAACCAAAUGAUGGAAAUUCAGGAAACGAAGAUUGUGUGAUCAUCGAUGAUCAGAAACAAUAUAAGCUUCAGGAUACAGAUUGUUCAUCAGAGCACAGUUUUAUAUGCGAGAAACUUGAAGUUCUUACUAAAAAAGGUAAGUAA